CUUUUUACAUAAGUUUGUUCUUGCUAGCUGAACUUCUUGCACUUUUUGUUUUUUUCUCUCUUUCUCUCCAACUCCCAAAUAUAUAUCUAUUUCAUUUUAUUCCAUUCUAGUUCAGCUUCAAAGUACAAAUCUAUCCAUUUUUGCUACGCGGGCUUUUAACCGCAAUGUUGGAUGACAGAGUCACAUUUUGUUUAUUUACAACAAUUUAUACGCAAUAAUGGAAGUGAAUAACGAUUUGGCGACUUCCACAGAUAAUGCGAUAGCAGCAGAAUCGUUGCGACAAUUUAUUAACCGUCCAAUAAUAGCAAUCUUUUCUGAUUUGGAAAAUCCUGUAACAGAGCAGAUGCUCUGUUCUCUUUUGGAAUCUUUAUUGAAAAGAUCCUCUACCUUAAUACCUGUAUUAAUUCCACCAUUCAGUAAUGAUACAACAAAUGAAACUUUACAACAAUAUGCAGCAUUCACAACAUGGUUGUUCGGUGCAAUGUUUUAUUUGACAUGUGUGUCAUCAAGCACUGUGGUGCUUUCAAAUAGUAUUGAAGUACAAGCUUGUAUGCUCAGAAUAUUAUCAAGGCAUCACAGGACAAUGUUUCAGACCAUUAGUUCAGAAUAUUUAAAUAUAUUUGAUGAGAUAUCAGAGUUUUAUCUAAAUGCCAGAGAAACGGAAGAAAUAACUCUUUCAAUAUUUUAUACAGAAAAGAAUAUUAUACAGGAUUUGGACUUGACCCCAUUUCCUGCAAAGAUUAAAUUGUCAAAUGUGUCAUCAGUAUAUAUAUCUUUAUUGCAGAUAAUUAUGAAGACUGGUAUAUCAGUUUGGGAUCAAGUAAAACUGUGGGACAAAGCUACAACAAUGAUUGUUAAAUCUUCUCCAGAUUUGCAGGUGGAAGCUUUACGGCUGUGCAUAGAAAUAAUGAAGAACUGUACUGUUCAUGAUUGGGAACUUAUGGCUAAAGUUACAUAUAGCUUAGAAAUAGUGAAAAAUCUUCCAACUUGGAUUAAUUCAAAUCAAUUGUCAAUACACUUGUCCCAAUUGGUAGAAACAUGGAUACAUUUGAUAGAAUUAUUACCUGUUUCAUUUAAUGUUAUGGAAUUGUGUUUCCAAAUUAUUGAUUUUAUAGUUUCUGAAUUUGUUACAUACAAUGCAAAAUCUGAAACAAUACAAAAAUUGAUGGAAGCAGCCUGCUAUAAAAUUAAACAAUAUUUAAUUGAAGAACCAAAGCCCUGUACCAUUUUAAAAGCUAAGAAGUUAUUGGCUUACUUCGUACAUUGCUCGGCUAUUAUCGACAUUUUUAUGCGAUUCGUUUUUAUCGAUAUUAAACGAGCUGCUAUACCAAAUGAAAUUGUUCUUGCAACAGAAAUAAGUGAGAAAUGGAAAUUAUUAAGACAAGAGUUGAUAAGUUUUGUGCAGGCUGAGAAAUUCACAGAAGUACUAUAUAUUAUCAAAGCUUCAUCUUUAUUACAAUUGUGGCUGGAAGAACAGAAAUUUCAAAUAAAAUUAUAUGAAAAUUACUUGAACAUUAUAUUAAAAAUUCUUAUACAGAACUUAAAUUCUGACAAAUGUCAAAAUGAGCAAAUUAGCUUUCAAAUUUUAAUAAAUUUAAUGGCUCACAAUGAAUCGAAUAAAGUUUUAUUACAAUCAAUAUUAGCAUUGCCAUUUACUCAAACUUUCAAAGGUUCUAUGGACAUUAGUCAAAAAAUGGUGCAAAGAGCAAAAUCUCUUGAUGUUGGAAUAAUGUCAGAGUGUCUUGAAACUUUAUGUGCAUAUGGCAAUGGAAAAGAAAGAUUAAAAUUAUUACGUGUAUGUAUAUUAAAUGGUGAGACACAAAUAGCUGUUACAGCAGUGUUGAACAGUGUAUUAUUACUGAAUGAUGCAGACAUAAAACUGGAAGAUGUUUGCCAACAUGUUCUAAAUACUGCUUUAUCUUCGACGAAAAUAGAAAUACAAGAGGCUUUUGCAAAUGUUUUAGGCCAGGUGGUUUGUGUUUCAUCAGGAAAGGGAAGAAUUAUCAGUGAAUUAUCACACAACAGAAAAUGGACAGUAUAUUGUAAAUGCUGCACAGAGAAUAUGGAAGAAAAUAUCGAAUCUAAUAUGAACUAUCUGCCAAGAACCUAUAAUCAUAUUUUUAAUACAUACUUUGAUCUACUUUCAUCAACUAACGUUUCCAUACGUUUGCAUAUUUCUAAAAGUAUUCUUUCUCUUUCGAAUCAUAUAGAAUUAUUUAAUUCAAAUGAAGUAACAAAGAAGUGGCUCUCUUAUAUACAUGAUGAUAAUGUUGAAAUCCGAUCGAAUAUUGCAUCAGUAAUCGGGCGAUUAUUGAGUAAUAAAAUCUCUAUAGUGAAGCGUAACAAUGAAUGUUUGCCGGAUACUAUAGCAGAUGAUUUGGAAAAAUAUGUUGAUUUAAUAAUCAAUGUUAUAACCAAUGCUCUUAUGACUGCAUUGAAUACCUCCAAUCAUUCUUUACAUGAUACGUUACUCGAUACUGCAAGGAAUUUUGUAUGUGUCCCAUUACAUCUGACAGAAAGAAGAAUUCUAGAUGUAUUCUUAAUCACAAUAUUACAUCCAAAUUCGUUACCUACAGUUAUAGCAUCUGCCAUAGUCACAUAUCAGGAUGUUGCUAACUUUUUAAAUGUUUCUCCAAAAACUUUGUAUAUUCGAUAUCGAAAGGAUUUUUUGGAGCUUAUAAUGAAAAGUGCAGUUAAUAAUUAUAUAUAUUAUUCAUAUAAUAUGGCAACUACGGUACAUCGCCUCGCUAAAUGUAUUGGCUAUGAAGGAUCACGUCAAUUGCUGCGCAAGGACGGUCACUAUGCGAUCUGCUUUUUGAUUGCCCUUAUUGUUGAAGUUCCAAAAGCAAAAGCACUUUUAGACGAUAUAGCUGAAUUGAUAAAUAUGGAUACAAAGCAAAUGCUUGAAGAAUAUUUUCCAUAUAUUUAUAGUUAUGCAUUUUUAAAUAUACCUCUACGAAUAGCAGAGUGUUUGAGACUAGUAAUGAGUAUAACAAAAACUAGUCUUGAACUUCUUACAAAGCAGUCAUUUAUGGGAAUUUUUGAGGAACUUAUGUUAAAUUUUCAUGAAUCCCCUAAAGGAAUAAUAGGCUUUUUAGAAAUUAUUUCAGAAUACGAUAGUAAUCAGAGAGGAAAUUUUGGUACACAAGAUCAAGUUGCAUCUUAUUUGAAUUUACGAUUACAUGGCAUACUGGUGAACUUUGAUAUAAAACUUGGUCCCAAAUCAGAUGAAUAUACACAGCAAUCUGUACUUGCUUCAUUAGCUGUUUUAAUUCGGUACAUGGGUGCUACUUACCUAACUCCACUUCGAUACAAAAUUUUAGCCACAUUAAGAACUUCACUUGGAUUUAAAAGACCUGGUUUUCCGUGCUUAGUCUGCGAUGCAUGGGACGCAUUUAUUCACAAUAUAGCUAUCGAAGAUUUAAGAUCGCUAUUUCCAACAAUAUGCGUAUCAUUAAUGUCGUUGCAGAAAAUAUUUCCAGAAAAAGUCAACAUUAUGUUAGAGUUUCUAAUUGUUCAAAAUAGUGAAGAACACAACAGUCAUAUUUCAGAACUAUUUUUUAUAGACGACAUGGAAGUUCCCACCCACAUAUCUAAUAUAGUCAAGGCACAUAUUCUGCAAGCAAAACCCGAAGGAUUUAAUGCCAAUUUAGAGUUAUGGUUGAAACGAAUUACACACGAAACUGACGAAGUACGAAUUAGAGCUCUGAAACAUUUACAAACGUUUUUAGAAGAGCAUCGCAGCGAGCUUAACAAAAUGAUAUUAAGCGAAACUGAUGUUCAUCCACUAAUAGUUGAACUGUUAGAUACUUUGCUAAUUGGAUGUCAAGACAAAGACGAAUCUAUUCGUUUAUGCUAUGGAGAAUGCCUUGGAGAAUUGGGAGCUAUUGAACCGAGUCUUAUUCCACGAAGAAUUAUUUCUAGAGAGGACAGUAAAUUUAUAUCGGACAUGAAUGAGGAAUUUGCCUGUGUAAUACUUGUUGAACUUGUACGGGCUUUCCAAAUGCAAAAAAAUAGUCAAAGUAUGGAUUGUUUUUCGCUUGCUAUACAAGAGAUAUUAAGAGCAUACGACAUUUCUCCACAAGGUCGAAAUAAUGAAUUAUGGAAUAAUUUGCCAUUCACAACACAACAGAUUAUUAUCCCUUUUUUGACAUCACAUUACAAGAUAGCAACUGUUAGUGAUGAUAAUGAAUUACCGCAUCCUAUUUAUGGUUCUGAAGCUGGUUCUUCAGUCGAAAGCUGGGCUUAUAAUUGGCUUUGCAGUAUAUCGAACGCUGUACAUGAUACAAUGCUCAGUAAUAUACUACAAACGUGCAAAUUGGCAUUCAAGCGAGAUAUAAAAACAUUGAUAUUUUGUCUACCAUAUGUCAUAUCAUAUGUAAUUGCAAGUAAUGGAGAAGAGAUACAUAUUAAGCUUAAACAAGAGAUGUUGGCCGUGAUUAAUGUUGGAGAGAAACCUAUAUUAGAUUCUGAACUUAUGCGUCAUUUACCACUCCGGUAUGGACAGAGUGUAAAGGCUGAUGAUAAAAGAAUCUCAGAAGAAACUAGACGUACACGCUGCUCACGGGUAGUUUUUUGUAUAUUAGAUCAUUUGCAAAGGUGGCUUAGAGAACGAAGAUCAUUGCAGGAUAGCAGAUAUAAAGCGAUAAAAAAGUUUUGUGAUGGAUUGGACAGCUUGAUUGUAGCAAAAGGUUGUUAUGAAUCUCGGGAAUAUCAUCGGGCACUAAUGUAUCUAGAGCAACAUAUGGCUUUUUCUAACAAAGGUUUAUCAGAGUUAACAGAAGGUGGUUUACUUGCUAAAAUUUAUGCACAACUUGAUGAUCCCGACGGAGUAUCUGGUAUUCUAGCGACUCAAGAACAAUUUCCUACAUUGCAACAGCUGGUUUUAGCUCAUGAAGUCAAUGGACAACUUCAGGAUGCAGCUACAUGUUACGAAAGGCUCGCGCAGAAAAAAGACUUAAAACAUACAUACUUGCAAGGUAUGAUUCAAUGUUAUCUUGAUUUAGAUCAUCCAUUUACUGCCAAACACAUAUCUGAGGGUCUAUUGAGUAACAGACCAGAAUUGGAGCCUCUCAUAACUGAACAUGAACUUUUUUGGAGGCUUGGUCAUUUCUCUCGAUUUGAGGAGACUUCGCAAAAAGAUAUAAAACAUGUACUACUAGAUGAUCUUAUAAAAGGAACCAAACCGGAUUUAUUAUCAUUAAAGAAAAAUUUAGUAUCGUUAUUGGAAGAUGCUUCCCAACCCGGAGUUUAUCAACAGAGUUACUCAUAUAUCAUGAAAUUACAUAUAUUGAAUGAAUUUGACAAAGCAGUUUCAAUGAUGCUAAACAAUGCAGAAGGUCUUCCAGCAAUGCUGGAAGAAUGGGAAGAACGCGGACAAUUAUUGAGGGCAUCUCGUGGUCUAGAAUUUGUCCUGAGUAUGCGUAGAGCUACUUUGGAUUUAGCUGUGCAAUUACAACACAAAAUUCACAAUACAGAGAAUUCGAUGCUUAAGCAAGAAAUUGGUAAAAUUUGGUUGAAAAGCGCCAAAAUUGCUAGAAAGGCUGGCUUGCAUCAACAAGCAUAUAUGCAUAUUUUAUCAGCUAGUGAUACAUGUCCACCACAACCAUUGUAUAUAGAACAAGCUCAACUAUAUUGGCAAAAGGGUUGUCAAGAGAAUGCUUUCAUUACUUUAAAUCGUAGUUUUUUAAAUUAUUUCAAACCAGCACAAUAUUACAAGCAAUUAUCUUCAGGAGAUUGUAAUGAAGAAAGAAAACAAUAUGCAAAGGCAAAACUUCUUUUUGCGAAAUAUAACGAUGAAACUCUCAAUGUUGAUACAGAUGGUUGUAUCAUUAAUUACAAAGAAGCGAUAGAAGUAUGGAGAGGAUGGGAAAAAAGUUGGGUAUUAUGCGCUCAAUAUUAUGACACUAUCGUUGAGAGAAUGUCUGAAGAAGACAAAGAUAGAAACAGACAAGAUCUGCAAGUGCAUAUGAUGAACUUUUAUGGCAAAUCGCUUCAAUAUGGUUGCAAAUACAUUCACCAUUCAAUGCCUAAGAUGUUGACCAUCUGGUUGGAUCAUGCUUCUCGUGCUACGAUUACUUCCGACCCAGCAGAUAUUGUUAGACUCCGUCAAGAUCGUCUAAUAAAGAUGACUCAGAUUAUGGAUGUCUAUCAUCAUAGAUUACCGACUUUCAUGUGGCUGACGGCAUUCAGCCAGCUUGUAUCGCGAAUUUGUCAUCCAUGUCUGCAAGUGCAAAAUACUCUUUGCACAAUUUUGGUGAAAUUAAUUUCUGCAUAUCCUCAGCAUUGCUUAUGGAUGAUGGCAUCAGUUUUUAACUCUUCAUACCCGGCGCGACAGAAACGAUGUCAGGAAAUCUUAAAUCAUGCACAAUUGAAAACACCGGCGAUGUCUAAGCUUAUCAAAGACUUUCACAGACUUUGGGAAAGAUUGAUUGAAUUAUCUAAUAAAACAAUACCAGACGGGAUGUUAAAUACCACAGUGAAUCACUUGUCAAAAAAUUUGCCGAGAUUACUCGCAAGUAAAGAUUUCAGUCCAAUUAUGAUGCCAACAACAAAGUUUAGGCAACUACAUCUUCCAUCUAAGAAUACUUCAAUUGAAAAUCAUAAUCCAUUCCUAUUGAGAUGGGUACAUAUCACGAAAAUAGAAGAAAACGUGGUAAUAAUGCCGUCGCUUCAACGACCGCGACGAAUUGCAUUGAGAGGAUCGGAUGGUAAAGAAUAUCUGUUCAUGUGCAAACCAAAAGACGAUUUACGCAAAGAUUUCAGAUUGAUGGAAUUCAAUGAUAUCGUAAAUAAGUAUCUUCAAAAUGACCGAGAAUCACGACAAAGGAGGCUCUACAUACGAACAUAUAGUGUGGUGCCAUUAAACGAAGAAUGUGGUUUAAUAGAAUGGGUACCAAACUUGGUUGGUUUUCGACCUACUAUUAUGAAUUUGUAUAGGGAAAGAUGUACAAAUAAAGAACUUAAAACAAUGUUAUGUUCUUUGAAGGAUUCAUUAGAAAAGAAGAAACAAAUGUUUCUAGACAAACUAUUGCCACGGCAUCCUCCUGUGUUUGCUGAUUGGUUUCGCAUUAUGUUUCCUGAUCCAUAUGGAUGGUAUGAGGCUCGUACUGCAUAUAUUAGAACAACCGCUGUUAUGUCCAUGGUGGGUUACAUACUUGGACUUGGAGACCGUCACGGAGAGAAUAUAUUAUUUGAUUCUAAAUGUGGAGACUGUGUACAUGUUGAUUUUAACUGCUUAUUCAACAGGGGCGAACUUUUUGAUUGGCCUGAACGUAUACCAUUUCGCUUGACACAUAAUAUGGUAAACGCUAUGGGUCCCCUUAAAAUUGAAGGACCAUUCAGACGCGCUUGCCAAAUUACCAUGCGAGUACUUCGGCAAGAAUCGAGCACAUUACUGAGUGUACUCACACCUUUCGUCUAUGAUCCUCUUGUCAGUUGGAAUAGGAAUCAACCUGGUGAUGCAGCUGAAAAAACAAAUGAAAAAGCUGUAGAACAUAUAAAGAACAUUGAACAACGAUUAAAAGGCUUGAUUCGUUAUCCUGGAAGGAAGGCAGAAAAUAUUGCAUUACAUCUUAGUGUUGAAGGACAAACUAAUCAUUUGAUUUUAGAAGCGACAAAUAUAGAUAAUCUGUGCCAAAUGUAUUUUGGUUGGGGUGCAUAUUUAUAACAAGUGGUAUAGAAUAUCAAGAGUGACAGAAAUACUCACA